GGCUUCGAUGCGGCAGAGGGAUUCUCUUCUUCUUCCGUGUAGAUUCGUGUAGAUUCUGGGGCUGGAAUUCGACAUUUCGUGGCGCUGUCUCCAAUCCGCGACAGUAACGGGGGAGACUAGCCUCGGAUCUUUUCUUUUCUUCCAAGAAACGGCGAUCGAUCGAUCAGGCUGGCUCCCAGGGCGGAUAUUUCGAGCGCCAAGCUCUAUCAUCCGCCUCAUCCGAUGAUGAGAGAGCACCUGGGGUCGUUCACGGUAACAGGUGCGUUUGCUUUGGUUUUGCAAAUCCACAGGAACCAAGAGCAAGUGCAGCAGCAUCAAAGUCAAAGUUUCCACCAAAAUUCCCAGCAGAGCCGAGAGAUCCUGGCGGCCCGGCCGGAUUCCGGCGAUCUCGAGGCUCUGAUCGCUCACAUUGGCCUCACUAGCGGCGGCCUCGCCAAGACCAUUGAGCUCUAUGGGAAUUACGUGGCCAGGCAGAUUGGACUGAGGAAGAACUCCCCCGUGGCCAAGGCGCUGGCCAAGGUCGCCAUGGAGUAUCUCAACGGGGACAAGAGCCCCAGCGACGGUAGUCUGGAGAACAUCGCGGCAUUCCUCUCCAAGAGACUUAAAGACCCGAGCUCCUCGCAGAUGGUCUUUGACGAGCUCGUCAAGGAGCUGGAUUCGUGCAUGAUCUCCUACUUCUCCUUCCACUGGCAACACUCGGCACACUUGCUGGAUCAAGUCCGAAGCGGGCAGAGGAACUUGAGAAGCAUUGUCAUGGCCGCGACGAGAAAGCAUCGGUUCCAGCGAGCCAUGCAAACGCUCAAGGCGAAGCGGGCUUUCGCGACGCUGGUGGAGACGAUCAAGGCCAUGAAAACCAUCAAGCAUUUGGAAGCAAGGGAGUUGCCCGACUGUGAUCAUGAGCUUGGAGGAGAAUUCAAGAGGCAAAGGAGGAGCCCAGUGCUGAUGCUCGUUGGUGGUGGAAUGGGAGCGGGCAAGAGCACCGUGGUCAAGGAGCUUCUCCACGCCACGGAGAGUAUCGUGCGUCAUGACGCCGUGGUGGUGGAGGCCGAUGCGUUCAAGGAGGCUGAUGUGCUCUACCGCUCGCUAAGCUCUGGCUCGGGCGACGUGAGCAUGGCCUCCCAGCUCGUCCACGACUCCUCCACUCGGGCCGCUUCGUCGCUGCUCGUCUCGGCUCUCAACGAAGGGAGGGACGUGAUCUUCGAUGGGACAAUGUCGUGGGAGCCUUUCGUGAUGCAGACCAUCGCCAUGGCCCGGGACGUCCACCGGCGGCGGUACCGCCUGGGACCCGGGUAUAGGCUGGACGAGAACGGGGUUCUGGUGGAGCGGUACUGGGAGCCCGUGGAGGCGGAGGAGACGAGCAUCGAGGACGAGUUCCUGGCCUCAUUGGAGGAGGAUCAGGAGCUCCAAAAUAACAGCGAUGGCGAGCAGCAGAAGGUGGUGGACGAGUUUCUAGGGAAGCUGUGCGAGGAGGAGAGGCCGGCUUAUCGGAUCGUUCUCGUCGGGGUGACUUGCGACGCGCUACUGGCGGUGGUCCGCGGGAUCAGGAGGGCGAUUAUCACCAAUCGCUUCGUGCCCAUCCCCGCGCAGCUGAGAUCGCACAAGAUGUUCGCGGCGUCGCUGGAGAGGUACUGCGACGCGGUGGACAACGCGAGGAUCUACUCGACGAGCAGGAUGGGUGGCUUGCCGGAGCUGAUCGGGGUGAAAGACGGGCCUGGCAAGCUCAAGAGGCUGAACGAGGCGGGGUUCGAGACCGUGAGGGACUUGGCACUGCUCAACCCGGACGCGUCCUCGGUGCUGGAGCUCUACCAGGGGAGGAGCUCGCAAGUGUGGGAGGAAGUGGUCAUGGCCAGCGAUAGACGAUCCCGGCGGGAUUUUCUGUGGGACAUGCUGGUGCACGACGACGAGUCCGAGGAGGACGACUUUUACUCGGGCUCGAGCAGUGACUAUUCCACCUCGUCUUCGUCCUCCUCGGCUGCUUCCUCGGCGGAUUCGCUGGAUGAGAUGUCCCCCCGGGACGAUUGACAAGUGGGCAGCAGCCAGCGAAGAGGUAGCGAACAGUGACCGAGUGCGCGACCGAGUCGAGAAGAAAUCGCGGCCCAAAAAAGUGAUUAAUCUAGUGGAGGUGAGAGAGAGAGAUUUCAAUCAACAGCAGGCACGACUGUCCCUACAAGUCGGGGAAGAACAGAUUUUGGCCCGCGAGUUACUUCAAUCAAGUGUAUAUACAACUUUUCAAAAAGUAUUUAGAAAGUUUUUUUAAA